UCAGGCCACCCAGGCCGGCAACCCGGACGCCAAGCGUCUGUACGACGACCUGCUCUCCAACUACAACAAACUGGUGCGGCCCGUGAUGAACACCACUGACGUGCUCACCGUAUACAUCAAGCUCAAGCUCUCCCAGCUGAUCGACGUGAACCUAAAGAAUCAAAUCAUGACCACAAAUUUGUGGGUUGAGCAGAGCUGGCACGACUACAAGCUGAUCUGGGAGCCGCGCGAGUACGGCGGCGUGGAGGUUCUGCACGUGCCCUCCGACCACAUCUGGCGACCCGACAUCGUGCUCUACAACAAUGCCGACGGUAACUUCGAGGUGACGCUGACCACCAAGGCCAAGCUGCACUUCAACGGCCUGGUGGUAUGGGUACCGCCGGCCAUCUACAAGUCCUCGUGCCUCAUUGACGUCGAGUACUUCCCAUUUGACGAGCAGACGUGCGUCAUGAAGUUCGGCUCGUGGACCUACGACGGCUUCCAGGUGGAUUUGAGGCAUCGGGAUGAGUCGGAGGGCCAUGAUCUCGUCAAAGUUGGUAUUGAUCUCUCCGAAUUUUACAAGUCUGUGGAGUGGGAUAUACUCGAUGUUCCUGCCAUUCGGCACGAGAAGUUUUACACCUGCUGCGACGAACCAUAUCUGGACAUUACGUUUAACAUUACUAUGCGGAGGAAGACACUGUUUUACACCGUCAACCUAAUCAUCCCCUGCAUGGGGAUUUCGUUCCUGACGGUGCUAACAUUUUAUCUCCCGUCGGACAGCGGAGAAAAGGUGACGCUCUCCAUCUCCAUCUUGACCUCGCUGUACGUGUUCUUCCUGCUGGUGGUCGAGAUCAUCCCGCCCACGUCGCUGGUCGUGCCGCUGCUCGGAAAAUACCUCAUCUUCGCCAUGGUGCUGGUGUCGUUAAGCAUCGGAGUUACCGUCGUAGUGCUGAACGUCCACUUCCGGUCACCCCAGACCCACCGAAUGGCGCCGUGGGUCAAACGGGUCUUCAUUCACAUUCUGCCGCGUCUCCUCAUGAUGAAGAGGCCCCAAUACCGUCUCAACAGGCACGGGGUGACGCUGAACACCAGCCGCGUGCUGGUGAAGCAGAACGGCAAGAGCUCCGAGGUGCAGGAGGUGGUGUUCCACCAGGACGGCCUGCUGCCCGGGUCCGCCGCCAAGCCGCACAACGUCAUCUCAGACUACUCGCCCCUGCACGCGCCCGGGGACAGCAUCUCGGCCUCGUGCCGCGUGCACGGUCACCAGUCGUUCCUGAACGAGGGGCCCGGCAUCGACACGUUGGACAUCGAGCACCGGCGCAGCAGCCACAUCCCGCUGAUGGGCUGCCACCCGGACAUCCACCGCACCUGCUGGUGCAUCAGCUUCAUCGCCGAGAACACUAGGAUGAAGGAGAACUCCAACAAGUUCAAGGAGGACUGGAAGUACGUGGCGAUGGUACUGGACCGGCUGUUCCUGUGGAUCUUCACGCUGGCCGUGGUGGUGGGCACGGCCGGCAUCAUCCUGCAGGCGCCGUCCCUCUACGACGACAGGAUAGCGCUCGACCAGAAGCUGUCCCAGAUCGGGCGGCUGCUGCAGUGAGCGCGCCGCCGCCGCCGCCGCCGCCGCCGCCGCCGUCGCUGACGCUGACGCUUGCCUUCCGGAUGGCCGCGCGCCGGCGAGUGCAGUAGUUAGUGCCUUGAGGAGCGUGUGUGACCGCCGGCGCCGCGGGCCA